CACGGCUAGAACAGCCCCCGCCGCUCCUGGCCUCUGAGGCGCAUGCGCCACCCGGCCUGGACGGGCCCAUUUCCGGGGGCUGUCGGGGAGGGAGAGCGAGGGUCCCGAGGCCCGGUGGGGCCUAAAAACAGCAACCCGAACGGACAAGCGAGAUUAAAGGGGCCGAGAGUAACUGCAUUUAACUAACGUUCUCCGCUAACAAGGGUGAUGCGAAGACUCGGCGAGUUUCACUGCUGCCGCUCUCCCACGCGACCCCCGUGCCCAGGGUACAGUCCAAGGAGAGCGCUCCGGGGGGCGGGGCUGGAGGGCGGCGGGAACUGCAAUUGGUGGCUUUGAAGGCGCAGCGGGCGGGAAGAGCGGCUGACAAGACACUGCCGGCGAUGACUGACUGCAAGAGACCCGCGCGCGGCGUGGGAUCGGGCCCUUGAAUGUGGCGGGAGCCUUGAGGAAGCCACAUCCCAGACCUGUGGGGUGACUUUUCCGCGACUGCCACACGUCCCAAGUGCCAAAGAGAUGGAUGAAACCCUUGUCGAGUUUAUCAAGAGGACCAUCAUGAAAAUUCCAAUAACUGAAAUGAUGCCAAUCCUCAAAGCCUGGGAUUUUUUGUCUGAAAAGCAGCUGCAGACUGUAAACUUCCGACAGAGAAAGGAAUCUCUUGUUCAGGACUUGGUUCUGCUCUGUGAGGAGAGGCGUGCAAGUAUCCAUGAUGCUGCCCUUCUAGACAUCAUUUAUACUCAGUUUCAUCGGCACCAGAAAGUUUGGGAUGUUUUUCAGAUGAGUAAAGAACCAGGUGAAGACAUUGACCUUUUUGAUAUGGAACAAUUCAAAAGUUCAUUUGUGAAAAUUCUUCAGAGAGCAUUAAAAAACGUGACGGUCAGUUUCCGAGAUGCUGAGGAGAAUGCCGUAUGGAUUCGAAUUGCUUGGGGAACACAGUAUAGAAAGCCAAACCAGUACAAACCUGUCUAUGUGGUGUAUUACUCCCAGACUCCCUACGCCUUCACUUCCUUUUGUCCUCUGAAAAGCAAUAUGCCCCUUCUGGGUCAGGCGCUGACAGUUGCCAGCAAUCACCAUAAGAUUGUGAAAAUGGACCUCAGAAGCCGAUAUCUGGACUCUCUGAAGGCUAUUGUUUUUAAACAGUAUAAUCGGACCUUUGAAACUCACAACUCCACUGUACCUCUGCAGGACAGAACCCUGGAGCUGGAUAUACACAUGGAUUCACGGAUCAUUCAUGAAAACAGAAUAGAAAAAGAGAGAGUCCAGAGAGUGACUCAAGAAACUUUUGGAGACUAUCCUCAACCAAGACUAGAAUUCGCACAGUAUAAGCUUGAAACAAAAUUCAAAAGUGAACUCAAUGGAGACAUCUUGGCAGAGAGAAAAGAGCCCCUCCGGUGCCUAAUAAAGUUUUCCAGCCCGCAUCUCCUGGAAGCUUUGAAAGCCUUAGCACCAGCUGGUAUUGCAGAUGCACCGCUUUCUCCAUUGCUUACUUGCAUACCCAAUAAGGGAAUGAAUUAUUUUAAAAUUAGAGAUAAAUAAGAUAUAUGUGGUUUUGAAAGCACAGCAUCUCUUUGACUCUUUCCUAGGAAUUUCAGUCAACAGCUAGCUGGAUAGUUUCUGUUUAUGAACUUGUGUUUUAGGAAUUAAUUCUUGAAAUUGACAGUUCAGAAACAUUCAGUAUAAUUGUUGGGACUGAUUCUUUCCUCCUCCACAUGUACCGUCUCCCCCAUAUCCUGCAAAGCAUAGCCCUUGUGGGCCUUUAAAGAGUGAUAUGUCCUUUUUCUCACUCCUAUCUCUCCUCUGUCAUGGAGAGAUCAGGUUCUAAUUGCUUGUUUCCAAGGAUUUUGUCUGAAACCUUGGAUCCUGGAAAGCAGCAUCAAGGAACCAUCCUCAACUCAAAACUUUCUAGGAAGAUCAUAAAAUUGGUCCAUUCAAAGGUAGAGUUGGGUCCAUGAGGCUAUUGCAGGAGGUAGCAUAUCAGAUGAUUCAGUAAUAUAAAAUAAUAGUUUCAUUGUAAAUAUGAUACAUUCUGUAAUCUGUUUUAUGAUAUAUUCAGACUCACAUACUAUCUGAUUUGUGAAUAAAGAUUGCAAAACUGGUGUAUCA